AUGGGUGAAGGCAAAAUAAAUGGAGUUGUUUUUCUUGAUUUAUGUAAAGCAUUUGACUCGGUGAAUCACGAGAUAUUAUUGGUGAAGCUUAAAGGGCCCAGUUUGGAAUUCACGACAUUGAAUUAAAAUGGUUCCAAUCAUACUUAAGGAAUAGAAAGAAAGUGUGUUCUGUUAAUGAUCAAACUUCUUCUGCAAGAACAAUAAUAUGCGGAAUUCCGCAAGGAUCCAUACUUGGUCCAUUAUUGUUUUUGCUAUAUAUUAAUGAUAUGCCUGACAUUUUAGAAAGGACAACCCCAUGUCUUUAUGCCGACGACACUCAGAUAUCUUCCUCUUCGCAUGAUUACGAUACAUUGAUUGACAAUUUGAAUAUGGACCUUUCCAGUAUUCAUAAAUGGCUUGCUAAAAACAAACUAAAAUAUCAUAGGAAAAAAACAAAAGUCAUGUUUAUUGGAUCUACGCAUAAUCUAAAUAAUAAAAUAGGAAAUAGACCCGUUGAGAUUAACAAAAUCCCAGUCCCACAAACCAAUACAUUUCAAUGUCUAGGUGUAAAUCUAGAUGAAAAAUUAAGUUGGGAGAAACAUAUUGAUUCUGUAUGCCAUAAGAUUAGCGCUGGAAUAGGAGCAAUUAAAAGAAUAAAACCUUAUGUUCCACACAAAACCUUACAUGAUGUCUACAAAACAUUAAUUCAGCCUCAUUUUGAUUACUGUUCUCCCCUGUGGGAUAACUGUGGUUUGGGACUUCAAGACAAAUUGCAAAAAUUCCAAAAUCGAGCAGCAAGGGUGAUUACCGGAGCUGACUACGAUGUAAGAUCGUCUGAAGUCCUAAACAAAUUAGGCUGGGAAACCCUGGCUAGGAGACGAGAACAAAACAAGCUAGUAUUGAUGUAUAAAGUCUUGGGGAACCACACUGCGCCAAACCUUAAAGAUCUUUUUUCUCGGAGAAAUGCAUCGCAGAAUAUUUAUGAUUUACGCAAUAGCGAAACUGAUCUCUCGUUAAAAAAACCGAAAACGGAAUUUCUAAAGAAAACAUUUGGAUACAGUGGAGCACUUCUAUGGAAUAGUCUCCCGCAAGAUGUCAAGGCGGCUGAGUCAAUUACGUCAUUUAAAACAAUGGCGAAAUUGCAUCUAAGCAGAUGAUAAGCUAAUUUCUCCAGGACCAAAUGAUGGGAGGACAAUAUAGAUUGUGGGCGGGAGGGGGGUUAGUUUUGCGUGAGGGUGGGUAGGUACUUGUUUAGGGGGUGGAGGUUUGGGAGGAAGAUGAUAAAGUUUUAGGGUGGGAUUCUUACAUAUUUUUGUUCUAUAUAUAAUUAACAUUUAGCUCUUUGUGUGUAUACGCCCUUCGUGGAAACCAGUUGUAAAUAAUUGUCGAAGUUAGCGUAUUGAAAUAAAGUUUUACAUACAUUACAUACAUAUUCGACGAGAGUGAGUGGAAUAACUGUUUUAUUAUAUACACAAUGGACAUCUGAAUUCCAAGACUUUGCUUUUCGGAUAUUUUCAAUAUUUUUUCUAUUUUGUUUAUGUUUUUAUCUUCGCUCCUUUGGGCGAUUAUUUUUUAAUAAAUACAUAUUUUUAACCAUUUUAAAUUCUAAAAAUUUAUUUGCUAACCUGCAAACAAUUUGUAUAGGAGUUUUUCCAUUGUGUUUUUAAUCCUGUAAAGGCUAUAAAAGGAGAACAAUUUGCCGUUUUCUCGUUCGCAAAACAUCGGAAAUUUAGUUUAAGCCGCCAUUUUGUUUUUCUCCACUGGCAGGAUAAGAGCUAAUAUCAAACACAACCAAAGGUUAGAAAUUGUUAAAAUUGCGAACGAUUUCAUUUGACCAUCAGACCAUUUGAACUUUGACCAUCAGUUAUCUCAAACUUUGACCAAAGUUUACCAACUUUAUCCAUUUUGAUCAACCUUGCACAAAAGUAUUUCACCACACGCGCAUGCUUUUGAUUCGACCGCGUGCUUUAUCCCUUACUUCAAUGUUCUUACUUAGAAUAUGACUGUAUCGACCCAAUUCCGCUUGGUUUGGAGAGCAACUUGAUCGCGAAUUCUCAGUUAAAGUCGUCAUCCGAGAAAGAUGAAACAACACGAGCUAGAAAUGCUAGACUCAGACUGAGGCCGGUAGAUGGUGAAAGAGUCGGUGCAUGGAUAGCUUCAGCUGACGAUGGAAAUCCUUGGCUUGAAGUUGAUUUUAAGUCCAAUGCAACAGUAAGAGGAAUUACUACCCAGGGUCGAUAUGAUGAAGCUGAGUGGGUCACCAGUUAUGAAGUGUCGUAUAGUAUUGAUGGAGUAACUUUUGAUUCGUAUGAAGAGAAUGGACAAGUUAAGGUUAGUUAAAUAUCGUUCAUCGUGGAAAGUGAACUUUAAUUUAUGAUCUAUAGCUGAGUUUCAGUCACGUGAUACGUUCAGCGCUUAGUGGUCAACUCCAAAUGGAAACACAUUUAUCGGAUCGAGUUAAAUAUUCAUUUUAUAAGUAUUGGUCUCGUGUUUGGUAUCAAAUAUAUGCAAUUUAUCGAAAUUUACUUGCUUCUACAAGGCAUAAAGCGGCAAUAGGUGUAAAAUUGACCACCCAGCGUUUCCCUAUUGUAUAAAUUUCGAGUGAAGCCCACUUAUACUGUUGGAAAACCUGGCGGAGUUGCAAUACAGUAAUAAUUAUUUACUAGGUGAGAACUGGGGCCGGUUGUUCAAAAACCGCCGAGAUUAGCUUAACCCUAUAGGUUAAGUGGUUAACUUAAAAUUCAAAGGAACCUAUAAACAGCUUGUUUAUCAAUUUGGAAAUAUUUCUUCACAAACCAUGUCUGGAUCAAUAGAAGUUUUGAAAAAAAUGGACAUGCAGAAAUAUGCAAACUAAAACAGUGGGUUAAAAUUUAAACCUGGAUUAGCGCCUAUCCACCUUUUAACAACCGGCCCCUGAUGUCUAUACCACUGACUGAGCUGUGUCGGAGAGGUUCAGAAAAUGUGUUCCUGCAGCGCGUCUCACUGAGUGAUAUUACAUGCUACAUGACUAUAAGCCGGUUUUCGUUUCAGUAGAUCGUAAAUUAAAAGUUAUUUUCCGCACGACGAAUGGUGAUGAAUUGAGUUGCUGACGAAGCAUUUUGGUUGUCUAUACCAAUUUCUCCCGAAGAUCCUGGGGGCAAAUUUGUAUAGGGCCUUAUUCAGUAGCCGGUUGUUCAAAGCUGAGUUAGGAAUAAUUCUGGUCUAAAGGUUUUAACCGGUACCAUUAUUUUGGUUUUGUGUCUUCAGCGCGUCGUGUAAUUUUCCAAACUUCAGGGGCUGGUUGUUCAAAGCUGGAUGAGCUCUAACCCUCGGUUAAAAUUUAACCUGCUGUUUUGGUUUGUGUCUGUUGAUCCAGACAAGAUUUCUGGAAAAAUAUUUCCUUGUUUAUAAAUAAGGCGUUGGGAAGAUUAUUUGGUGUGAGAUUUUGUUAAUUAACCCAAAAUUAACUGACUUUUGAAUACCUGGCCCCAGAGCUCCAUUAGUAUAGGUAAUCAUGCGAUGGCGAGUACAAUUCGGGAUUAAUAGUACGAGUGAUGUUUGGAAAUUUUGCCAAAAUUGGACGAGCCGCCGGGGCGAGUCCAAUUUGGCAAAUUUCCAAACAUCACGAGUACUAUUAAUCCCGAAUUGUACGAGCAACAUCGCAUGAUUAUUUGUUUAUUAUUAGCAUGACAAAAUUGGAUACGUACUUCUCAAUGUCAACAUCAUAUUCUCUUGCCAAAGCCCAGUCCUGCCAGACUUUCAACCAAAAUUUGGUGCUUUUGUUUGUAUUUUCAUCUAGUUCCUCCACGGCAAUUUCAUUACACGCUUGUGUUUAAAGUACGUUUCCGCCAUUUUGUUUGUUUUGGGAAAAUCAUUAAUUGUACUGCAGUACAAUUAAUGAAAUAAUUGUACUCCUCUCAACCAAUCAGCAUCCAGUAAUUUUGUCAUGCUAAUAAUAAAGAAAAUAAGUCCAUUAAGAAAAAUUGAAAGUCUUAUAUUUACAUGUUAUUAAGUCAACGUUUUCUCAAAUUCUUAUAUAAAUUUUCAAAAUGGCGGAGUAUGUACAUGACAUAGUUUAUGGAAUAAACCAGUUUUUUUGUCUUUCAUGUCGUCAAACUCGAAGAGUAAUUAGUUCUUCCAUAAUACAAACAUAUUUAUUAUUCAAUUUCCUGACAGGUUUUCUCAGCUAACUUCGACAGUAAUUCUACUGUUAAACAAUAUCUUGACCCACCAAUUCUUGCUCGUCACAUUCGUCUUCAUCCAAAGCAAUGGUCCGGAAGUUGUGCACUGCGUGCUGAAUUUCACGGUUGUUAUGAAGGUAUGUAUUCCUGCCAACUCUAUAAAUACUGGAGACUGCCAGACUUUCAACCAAAAUUUGGUGCUUUUGUUUGUAUUUUCAUCUAGUUCCUCCACGGCAAUUUCAUUACACGCUUGUGUUUAAAGUACGUUUCCGCCAUUUUGUUUGUUUUGGGAAAAUCAUUAAUUGUACUGCAGUACAAUUAAUGAAAUAAUUGUACUCCUCUCAACCAAUCAGCAUCCAGUAAUUUUGUCAUGCUAAUAAUAAAGAAAAUAAGUCCAUUAAGAAAAAUUGAAAGUCUUAUAUUUACAUGUUAUUAAGUCAACGUUUUCUCAAAUUCUUAUAUAAAUUUUCAAAAUGGCGGAGUAUGUACAUGACAUAGUUUAUGGAAUAAACCAGUUUUUUUGUCUUUCAUGUCGUCAAACUCGAAGAGUAAUUAGUUCUUCCAUAAUACAAACAUAUUUAUUAUUCAAUUUCCUGACAGGUUUUCUCAGCUAACUUCGACAGUAAUUCUACUGUUAAACAAUAUCUUGACCCACCAAUUCUUGCUCGUCACAUUCGUCUUCAUCCAAAGCAAUGGUCCGGAAGUUGUGCACUGCGUGCUGAAUUUCACGGUUGUUAUGAAGGUAUGUAUUCCUGCCAACUCUAUAAAUACUGGAACGAUAACUCCAAAUAAAAGUCCCAUGAUUAAGAGAAGCCAACAUGGCGGCCAAUAGAGUAAUGUGUUGUAGGUAUGAAAUACCUGUGUAAUUGUAACGUCAGCAAUAGCUUUAAUGCCCCAAAAUGACAAUCGUAUGCGAAGAGCCAUUGCUCUUGUUUCAAAAACUUGAAUCAUUAUUAAACUAAUAAUAUACAUUACUAGAAAUACAUGCUUACAUGCAUGCAUGCAACAACCCCUCGCCUUAGUUUAUUAACUAGAAAAUACAUUCAUGCAGAAACCCUCGCGUUACUGACAAAACCAAUAUAUUUUUCGAACAUGAAGUAGUUAAAGUAUAGUCGUCAUGGUAGCACGAUAAUUGUACUAAGAAUAUUUUUACGAUUGAAAAAUCCCCCAAAAUAUCACUUUUAAUUACAAAAUUGUCAAUUUCAAUUCCCAAACAUAUAUAUGUUGGAGUAUGUUAUUAUUCACAAUAUAAGCUUCAAUUUAAUGUAAAAUUCAACCACAAACGCUUCGCAAAACGUUUUAAAAAAUAAUGUUCCUUAUAAAAUUAAACUGCCUUUACCGAUAAACGUUGACUUUGAAAUAAAAUGAUUUCAAAUUCUCGCAUGCAAAUAACUUUGCUUUCUUUUUUAUUUAAAAAUUUUAAUAAGAUAAAAAGGGGUAAUCAAUAAAGAUACACUCAAAUUUCAUGUUCUCUUUUUUCAUUUAAUUAAAUUAAAGUAUAUACGCAACGAUCAGCUUUAAAGCAAUUAGCUAAUAUAAAGCAAACAAUGCAUCUAUAUUUAAAACUUAGCUUCGUUAUUAACAACCGCGCCUUUGUUCCCUUCUGUAGCAAUUCUUUUGUUGUCUUUUUCUUUCAAAAAGCUUUUGAAAUUUACAAAAUCUUGCAAAAAUAAAAUAUAUAUUUACAAGAAGUCAUCAAAUCAAUAUUUCGCUGUCGUCACGCAGUCAAUAUAAUUCCCAAGUCGCUAUAAUUCGCCGUUCCGGGCGUUAGCUCGGGGCGAUGGUACUAAUUCCGUCCGGGUAUUUACACCCGGGGAAAGGAAUGCACUAGAGAAGUCUAAAAUUCAUCAAAUAUCGCGGGCGCAUGGUGUAUGGGUGGUCAUCUCACUGAUCUCAAAAUAUGGCUGUUUGCCAGGAGUGAAGAAGGGAAAACUAUAAAAAAUACAUGUAAGAAAGCUUGGAAAAUCGUUUCACAUAACUAAUUGUAAAACAUUUUUUGAAUUUUUAAACGUAAACACUGAUAAGAAUAUAUUGAUUUAGUAUGAGAAAUCUUAAAGUAUAUAGGGCAAGUUUGUUUCAAUUGUUUAUGUAUGACUUUUUAUUAUUAUUAUAGACUAGCUUUGUUCUUGUUGUUUAAAUCUUUCCUAUAUGCAUUGUAUGCGAAAGAUUCUUAGUUAAAUUAACGUUUGUAGAAGUUCAUGAUAAAAAGGAAGCAAAUUAUUUUCAUUAGCGUCCUGUACAAUUUAAAUUUAUUUCAUACCAAAGUGCGAGUAAUAAGUUGAAGCUCAAGUUGAAGAGUUUAAUAUCGGCAAAAAGCAGUUGAUUUCAAUUCACAUUUACAAACGUUUUACGUAGAGUUUCGUUUUGAAUUGUAAAACCCAUGGGUUGUAAAACCCUAUACUUUAUAUAUUUUACAAAUUGAUAGUUCUGUAUUUAAAAAUCUUCAAGUUUCAUCUAUUGUUUGCAGGUUUGUACAAAAAAUUAAAAAACAAUUAUCGUGUUGCCAUGACUACGCGAGCCUGCCUUCAGUGUUGGCGUAAUUACGAAUACUUCAUGUUGAAACAAUGUUUGGAGAAUAUAGGCGAGGGUUGUUGCAUGCAUGUAUUUCUAGUGCAAAUUUUAAAUUGUACCAAUCAGUGUUCUCUAUUCAUGACAGUCCGCUGUAUUUUGAGAUCAGUGAGAAUGACCACUCACGCACGGUCACUCACACCAACGAUCGUUGAUGAACUUUAGACCAGGCAUUAAAAUAAGGAUUUUUUACAAGGACAUACUUUACCUCCACGUCAAGGGCCACAAUCACUUGGAAGUGUGGCACGCAGACUAGUUUGAGCACAAAUACUCGUCGACUAAGAAAAAGCUUAUUGAAUGUUGAAUAUUCGCUAACGUUGAGUGUCUCUUUAUCAAAAAUUUGUUUCAAUUAGGUAAAAUAAAGGCCGUCAAUAACUUGAGUCUAAUGUGACUAAUGCAUAUAUACUGCAUUUCAGUUAUUUCAGUGCGGUAUUAGUAAAUAUUUUAAAAUUUAUGGUCCACAGAAGUGCAGAUUUUGGCACUUUGCAGGGCUAUUUAGACCAACUGUUGAGGCUUUUUAACAAUCAUUAGACCAAUCGUUGAGACUUUUUGACAAUCAUGCAGUCUAAAUGAUUCAACCCUAAAUGUUCAAUUGUGUAAUGAAAAUCCAAAUUUAAAGUAAUCAUGUGGUUAUUCCCUGAUGAUAGCCAGAUAUAUAUUUUUGGUUUAUAUAUUUCUGGGUUUUCUCUUUAUAACAUGUCAAGAAACGCUGUAAAAUUAUUUCAGGUUUCAAUUAUUUUCCUAUAGGAGUAUACUUAUUAGGCGGUUUGAUAAUAAUGGCAAUAUCCACAGAAAUCAUGUUACAGAAACCAGCACUCGCUUUUAAACUAAAUUUGCUGUAGGAAAUGGCUGGAAAUUGUUUUUCCGGGCUUUCUUGGAUGCUCUAUUCCCAAGACGAAGUACAGACUGUUCCAAGUACACACUUUUCAAUUUACAAGGACAUAAUUUUCCUUUUACAAGGACACAAAGUAUGUCAAAAAACACGCUAUUUUAAUUUUUGCUUUAGAAUUUGCCAGUGCUGUAAAAGUUACUCAUUUUUUGGAACUAGUUACAGUUACAGUUACAGUUACAUUCCCAAAAAAGGAACUUGUUACUGGUAAAAGUUACACUUUAAAAAAUGUAACUAGUUGCCGUUAUAAAAUUACUUCAAUAUUUUUGUAAGUAGUUACAAGUUAUAUUUGUGAUGUUACUCUGAGUUACACCGGGCGAGCUUGAAAAAUAUGCCCGGCCACGGUGGGAUUCGAACCUACGACCUUUGGAAUACUAGCCCAACACCAACACGGAAAACAUCAUAGUUACAAGUUACUUAGAAAUUUUUGAAACUUUAUGAAGUAAGAAAACCCCCAGUUUUUUCAACUUAAUGAUUAGUGGCAGCAGAUUGACGUUACUUAUUUGUAAACGUUAUGUAACCUUAUCACUAAUGGAUCUCUCAGUUGUGUUAAGCACUAACGUAUGAUGCGUUGUCGCAGAAAACCGUGAGGAAAAUUUCUAGAACUGAGAGGUGAAUUGUAAGUUUUAACCGCAAGAAUGUAAUAAAAACGUAACGUAAACGUUGGCUAUAAAAGUAACGAGUUAUCGUUUCAUUUUAGGCCAAAAUGUUACUCGUUACAGUUACAUUUACCUUAUUUUUGAAGGUAACUAGUUACCGUUACAGCUACUCAAAAAGUAACGAUUACUUGUAAUUUCGUUGCUUGUAACGAAGUUACUUACAGCACUGGACUUUGCUAAUGCUAGCGCUUUCCUUUCCCCGGGAGAAAAUUUAUUUUCUCCGGGCGGAAUUAGUACCCUCCAAGGAGCUCCGCGCCGUUGGUUUGGGUAUAAAUGUUGCUCACUCAACUGUGAUAAGCUAAAAAUGUUUCGCCACAUUUCCCUAUUUUCUUGCAUUUUUUACUACUAUAUUACAUAUUUAAUUCUUGUUUUUCAGCUUAAUUUCCCCACUUCUUCCAAACAUACGUUCAACAUUUUCCCGACAUACGUUCACAAUUUGCCCUACUUAUCGACAUUUCAAUGUUUCUGUAAUCUGACUGCUCGCAUGGAUUACCUUGCUACUGUCCGCCUUCGUUCAAUACAUAGACAAAAUAUGAUUAAUAAAGCACAAAAACGUAUAUUUUCUAUAUUUUUACAGCACACCGUCUUUCUAUAUAACACCAUGACUUGCCUUAGUUUAUGUUAUGCUGGGCCGUAGCCGGAGUGUACGUCUGCGUAGGCGUCUUGUCUAUACAUAGAGCGAGAUCUAAAGUGUAAAUUACUGUAUGAACUUGCAUAGAAUUUAAACGUUCACAUACCUGCAUUUAUUUGCUCUCUUAGAUUGCAAGGAUCCCAAAUAUCUUGGAUUAGCGACGUACAGGAUUUCAGACAUCCAAAUCAAUUCUUCUUCUGACGGAAGCGGUACAGCAUCUCAAGCCAGAUUGAAUUUGACAACAAGUAGUUGGGCGCCGACGUCAGAUGAUUUGUAUCCUUGGUUGGAAGUUGAUUUCAUCAUAAGAACUAAAGUACGAGAGAUUUUGUCGCAAGGUCGGUACCAUGAAGAUAAUUGGGUGACGAGCUAUAGUGUUUCAUACUCCAGUGAUGAGAAGACCUUCCAGGAUUAUACAGAAUACGAUAUAGUAAAGGUAAAAUAGUUUUAAAAUCGGAUCUGGUCUACUCCAAGCUAGUGCAAUCUGCAGACAUGCAUGUUUCGGAGUUCCACGUCUCAUCUCCGCACCUCGGUAUACACAUACAUACGUGAUGACCACCGUAUUUAUACACCUGAGCUUGCUCUUGCCAGUCGCAUUUGGUACCAACACAGUGACAUCAACGUAUCUAUAGAUGCGCAGAGUGCAUAUAUACCUAAAGAAUGGACCUAUAGCGGAAGCCCCCCAAAUUCUCGAUUUUAGUGCAGUGACUGCACUUCCGGUUUUGAACACCUGUUGUUUCGCAAGAUUUCUAAUUCCGAAUUCAAAAAAAGUGAAUUAUUGCAACUACCACUUUUCAAAUAAAACAACUUGUAGUAUCUCUGUACAUUAAAACUUUUUCAAAACUUACGUUUUUUCAAAACCAAAAGUGCGGUAAAAACCUGAAUUUUCGGAUUUCGCGAUUGGUUUAUUUACCAAUUUUUUUCAAAACUUUGCAAAGAACACUAUAGAAUUGAAAAUGUUGGGCAGUUCAUGUGUAUAUUUGCCAGCUGCAUGGACCACCUUAGUAUUGAGGUGGUACACACAAUAAGUGUUUGGACAUUAUUGACAUGCGCUUCUUGAUGAAAACCAGUACAUUUAUAUACAAAGUCAUUAUAUGUCAUAUUGAUUAAUAUUUACAUAUUACACUAUCAAGAGUAGAGUAUGUAAAUUAAGAAAAUUUCUUUGGUUAUUUUAAAUAUAUUCUUACAAUACGAUACAAUACAAUGCAAUAAACCUAUAAUUAAAAUGCAGGGUAGCCCUCUCAGAAGCAAAAGCUUCCAGUAUCAAUAGGAGCCGCAUGACGAUGCAUGCAACCUAAGAACGUUGAGCUUUGACUUCGUGUUUCUGAAAUAAGUCAAUUUACAAUUGCCGUCAAAUUCAAGGUCAACUUCUUAAAUAGUUUCUGUAUACCGAAUUUACUUGACUACACACUAAACCAUGGCUUGAAAUCGUGGGGACAAUCCAUUGUCAAUAAGCAAUUUUUAUUGCGGAUUUUAUAAAUUUCUAUCCUAUUCCUUUUUUGUUCAGGUGUUUUCAGGCAACUACGACAGAAGCUCUAUCGUGCGACAUGUUUUAACUCGUAUCAUAUUUACCAACCGUGUUCGUAUCUAUCCUAAAACCUGGACAACAAAUGCUGGACUCAGGCUGGAAUUUGCUGGUUGUAACUUCGGUAAGAGAACGCGUCUGACUCUAAUUCUGGCCAAAAAAAUAAAAGAAAUAUUUUUUCCAAUUUAACAUUGAUUUGAUGUCUGCGCGGGAAGUUGUCAAAUCUGCCUCUAAAAAUUUUCUAUUUCCACUUUCUAGGGUUGGUCAGAUUGUCACCAUUUGCCAUUCACCACAUCCAUAGUUAGCUAAAAUGCCACUAACGUCAUCAUAUGCAUUGUCUCAUUGGAGACUGCACAUUUAAAACUAGAGUGUAAUUUCCCUUAUUUCGUUUGAUAUGUAAAUUACGUUACGUUGCGUUACACAUGCACAACGACUUAUCGCACAAAAUUAAAUAUCUUGUUUACUAAUAUCAACUAAAAAGACUAAAAAUUGUCUAUUGUUGGUUCGUGUACAAUAAUGAUAAGAAAGCUUCAGGCUGAUAGGGAUGCAACUACCUAAACAACACAAGAAGAACUUGCAUUCGUCAGAUAGUUAUAUCAGUCCCUAAUAAUAUACAUAAAGAUAUUACUCGACUGUGAUUGGUUGAUUUCAGUGCAUUUAAUCCCAAACAGCAGUGCAAUUUUCUGUAAUCACAGUGCAAUUUUCUGUAAUCACAGUGCAAUUUUCUGUAAUCACAGUGCAAAAAUCUGUAACAAACUGAUCUGAUAGGUGGAAAAACAUUGUGAUGAUUAAAUUAACCAAUCAGUUUAAAGCAAUUUAGUUUAAAGAAGUAACGGUCACAGAUUGCUUCAAAACAAAACAAACAUGGCGCCGCGGUACACAAAGUAAAAGUUUCCUUUCGCGUGGAAAAUAUGGCUUUUAUCUUUAUUUUUAAAUGGAAAAGCAUUUAUCUUAAACAAGACUAACAAAAAUUACAUAGUUGAGUGGAAUUUUCAAGCUGUUAGCAUUGUAUAAUGUGCCGAUAUAAUAAAGCCAGGAAAACUUUGCCAGUGGCGGGAAUGUUCGCUAUAAACGCGUAAGUUAAAACUACAAUUGUCUCGAACAAUUUUAAUAUGUAAAUUAUUAAUAAGUAAUAGCAUGGUUUCUCGUGAAAUUUGGAUAAACAUACACUCGUGAGUUUUUCAAAGACCCCAAAUAGCACUCGUCGUUCGGACUCGUUCUAUUUUGAGGUCUUUGAAAAACUUACUCGUGCAUGUUAUAUCCAAAUUGCACUCGAAACCAUGCUAUUACCUAUACUAACAAUCCGAAGCUUUCUUGUUAUUGGGACUAACUGUCACUAGCACUGACAGUUCAAAAUUAUAAUAAUCAUAGGCUGACACUCAUUAUUUUUACGAAUUGUUUUCAUGUGAUAAUGACUAAGACAAAAAACUUUCAAUUGUAAGACAUUAUGCGUGAUAAAAUGUAGAAUAAUUUAUGUAUAAAAAAAUGAAAUAACUCGAUCAUAAACAAAGCAAGGAAAUCUAACUCCGAGUAUUAAACGAUUCACUCUAUACACGUGUAAAAACGCACAGGUUGAUGCAAUACUGAUGAAAACAGGAUUGAACAAUGUUUUGCUGUCCACAUUGUGCAUAGCUGUCAACAAUAUUGAACAAUACUGAUACACCCCAUUUAGGCUCAACAAUAUUGUUCAAUAUUGUUGACAAGUGUGAACAACGUGGGCAACAAAACAUUGUGCAAUCCUGUUGAGCAGCGGGCUCGGCGUUUUUGCCGUAUAGUAUAUAAUUACCUUCCCAAUUAGACGGCAAAAACGUUGAGUUAGAGGCACUAUAAUUAAACUAAUAAACUUGUUUUUUAAAUUUCGUAAAACAAUAUUGUGGCAACCCUAAUCGUGACUUGUGCAUACUCCUUAAGACCGUUUACAUUCUAGGUUGUAUUUACCCUAAUGCUUUGGGCAUGGAAGCUGGACAUAUUGAGGAUUCUCAAAUUACUGGCUCGUCCUCGUGGAAAUAUGAUCAUGCCCCAUUUUAUGGUAGACUGAAGUCUCAUCGUAGCUGGAUACCUGGUUUGUCAGAGGGUGAUGAUUUUGUAACUGUUAACUUCCUGCAUACAACACUGCUGACUGGUAUUGCCAUUCAAGGUGGAUUCUUGGUGGACAGUUUUGUGACUGACUUUACAAUUUCACUUAAGAGUGGUGAUAAUGAAUUUACUCCUUAUCAAGAAAAUGGAGCGAAAAAGGUGAAAAGAAAUUAUUGUAUAGUUCAUAUUACUUUAUGUCUCUAA